CGUACAACUUAAUCGUUCUGAUAACUGUAAUUACAUUAUCGUCAGUUGCGAGCAACAAACUCGCGCAUCGGUCGUGUUUAAUGCAUAUAUUUUUAACGCGAAAAUGCUUAAAUUAGUAAAAGGUUUACGGCGGUUGAAUGUAAAGUGCCGGCAGUACAGUUAUGCUACAGUAAUAGGAAGCGAGCCAAACAAAAAUGAUCCUUACUUUCAAGAAAAUAAGACAAAAAUGGAAGAACUCGUUGAAGAACUUCGUCUGAAAACAAAUGACGCUAUCAAAGGCGGCCCUGAGGAGGCGGUAAAAAGGCACACGGCGAGGGGAAAAUUGCUAGUGAGAGACAGGAUUAACCGGUUAGUCGACGAAGGAAGCGACGUUUUAGAACUAAGUACAUUGGCCGCCACUGAUAUGUACAAAGGUCAGGUCCCGAGCGCCGGCAUCGUUUCUGCUAUCGGUAAAGUUCAAGGUCGAGACUGCAUGAUUGUUGCGAACGACGCUACCGUUAAAGGAGGAACUUAUUUUCCUAUCACCGUCAAGAAACACUUACGAGCUCAGGCAAUUGCACAGGAAUGCCGACUUCCUUGCAUUUAUCUCGUUGACUCGGGUGGAGCUCAUUUACCUGACCAAGCGGACGUAUUUCCGGAUAGAGAACACUUCGGCAGGAUAUUUUAUAAUCAAGCAAAUAUGUCUUCAGAAGAUAUACCACAAAUAUCAGUUGUCAUGGGUUCUUGUACGGCUGGCGGUGCAUAUAUUCCGAGUAUGUCUGAUGAAAGUAUUAUAAUUAAGAACCAAGGUACAAUUUUCUUGGCCGGUCCACCAUUGGUGAAAGCGGCUACAGGUGAAUCAGUUUCAGCCGAGGAUCUAGGGGGUGCUGACUUACAUUGUCGUCAAUCGGGAGUAACGGAUCAUUAUGCUCAAGAUGAUGAGCAUGCCUUACACUUAGCUAGAAAUGUCGUUGCUAACUUAAACUGGAAUAAUCAUCAAAGAACGAGAGUACAUGCUCCAAAAGUCGAUAAUCCAUUGCAUGAUAUUGAGGAUCUACAUGGUAUCGUGGGAGCAAAUAUACAAAGGCCUUUUGACAUCCGUGAAGUAAUUGCUAGAGUAGUUGAUGGCAGUAGAUUCCAUGAAUUUAAACAACUAUAUGGCGAGACCUUAGUAUGUGGCUUCGCGUCUAUGUAUGGACAUUCUGUGGGCGUUAUCGGUAACAAUGGAGUUUUACAAUCGGAAGCUGCUCUAAAAGGUUCGCAUUUCAUUCAACUUUGUGCUGCUCGUAAAAUACCUUUGCUGUUCCUUCAAAAUAUUACCGGUUUUAUGGUUGGAAGGGAGGCCGAAGCCGGUGGAAUUGCAAAGAAUGGCGCAAAAAUGGUAACAGCAGUAAGCUGUUUCAAAGGACCUAAGAUAACCGUUAUCGUAGGAGGUAGUUUUGGGGCUGGUAACUACGGUAUGUGUGGUAGAGCGUACUCUCCAAGUUUCUUGUACAUGUGGCCUAAUGCCAGAAUUUCUGUAAUGGGAGGACCUCAAGCCGCUACCGUCCUUUCAUUAGUAGCCAAAGAGAAGGCAAAUAGAGACGGAAAAACCUGGACAGAUGAAGAUGAGAGAAAAGUUAGAGGACCUUUAGAAGCUCAAUUUGAAAAAGAAGGUCGGCCAUAUUACAGUACAGCUCGUCUUUGGGAUGACGGUAUAGUGGCACCGAAAGACACGAGAAAAGUAAUUGGACUCAGUUUAUCAGCUGCUUUGAACGCUCCGUUCAGAGACAGUAAAUUUGGUGUUUUCAGAAUGUGAAAAUGAUAAGUUUGAAGGACAACAUUGAAUGUGUGAUAAUGAAUGCUAUACAUGAUAAUACUGUUUCGAAGUGGUAACUCUGUUACAUUUUAAUGACUCGUGAUUUGUACAACGAUUACGUUUAUCAGUGGUGAUAACAAAC